AUGUUCCCAAAUACCCAGCGAUUCUUUCUGUCGGCGCUGGCAGCGACAACACUGCUCGCGACAUCUUCAUCUGCUGUCGCUAUUCAGCCCCGCCAAGGCCCUGGUGCCAUUAGAGAUUGGAUCACCAUCGACCAAAAUGGCCACCCCAAAACCAUUACUCCGUCCAUCGUAACCAGCAAUGGUGCUCGCACCACCAUCAGCCCGCCACCAUACGCACUCACUGGUAGCGUUUUCACCGUCACGGCCACCAACGGGGUUCUGACGACGAGCACCGGUGUGCCGCCGCCACCUCAGGCCAGCAAUACGAAGGGUUACGGAGGAGUUUUCUCUGUUUGCAAUAACAAUCCCGGACCGGACGGCCCCUUCUGCCAACCUCGACGUGGAAGUACUGUGCACGUGGAGACUACCUACUACAUCACCUGGGAUGCAACCUUCUUUGAGGAUCCCACUACACCAAUUGGCAUUGUUGGAUAUGAUGUCAGUAACACAGGCAGCCUGGACGCUGCACCCGCCUUCUCGGUGACAAAUAUCCGCGGCGGCGAUGGAUGGGCCUACUGGACGCCGCGUAUGGGCGAUCUCGAGGACAAAGACUCUAACAACAUGACCCUCAUCCUCAUGUACAGCGAUCCUCUUUCAGAAGAGCAGAAGAACGUUUCGGGCCCGGUAUUCACCAUCCGCCCGCCACUAGACCUUGACGGCAGGUCCAGCUCGAGUCCGAACUUGUUGGCCAUAUUAUUACCCGUCAUUCUUAUCACUUUGGCCAUUGUAUCUGUGAUGCUUUGGCUCUACUACCGCCGCCGCCGCCGUCAAGCGGCCGCCAUGGCUGCUGCCACCGCGAAAUAUCACAGCACCGUAUCUGGCCCACCCAAAAGCCGCGUAACGAAGAACGACGCUGAUAUUCAGCUUGAGCCGACAAGUCCGCCACCUCUGUCGCCCGGUCGGAAUGUUUUCCAGGAGGAGGUGCGUAGGCAGGAGAGGGAAAGAGCAUGA